AUGGACGCAGCUUUGGAGAUUCUCGAUCCUAUUGUGCUGGACAGACUUUACGCAUACCUGUUGCCAGCUGCCACGACUCCCACGGCCGACGGCGGCGUGCUAAGCAAUGGCUUCGGCAACAACACGUCUGGAUUUUCAAAAUCACCAUCGCAGACUUCAAGUUUGUACGAGUCGGCAUGGCCACGGGACAACAUCCUUCGACAAUGCGCUUCCAUCCUGUUGAUCACCCAGGUUGGUGCUACGCUCCUGUACUGGGUGUUCAGCGCCUUCUCGUACUACUUCAUUUUCGACCGCCGUCUGGAGUACCACCCGCGCUUCCUCAAGAACCAGAUUCGCCAGGAGAUCAUGUCGUCCAUGACCGCCGUCCCUUGGAUCAACAUCAUGACCCUGCCGUUUUUCCUGGCCGAGGUGCGCGGCAAGAGCUUGCUCUACACCCGCGUGGAUGACUAUGGCUGGGCAUGGAUGGGCAUCUCGACGGUGCUCUUCAUGAUCUGGAAUGAUUUCAUGAUUUACUGGAUCCAUCGACUUGAGCACCACCCCAGUGUCUACAAGUACAUUCACAAGCCGCACCACAAGUGGAUUGUGCCGACGCCGUGGGCAGCCCUGGCUUUCCACCCACUGGAUGGAUACGUUCAAUCCCUCCCUUACCACGUGUUUGUCUUCUUCUGCCCGGUGCAAAAGUACUUGUACAUGGUUCUUUUCAUUCUGGUGCAAGUUUGGACGAUUUUCAUCCACGAUGGUGACAUGAUCUCAGGCCACUGGCUUGAGAAGUACAUCAACAGCCCGGCCCACCACACGUUGCAUCACAUGUACUUCACCGUCAACUAUGGGCAGUACUUUACAUGGGCGGACAAUUACUUCCAGUCCCAUCGGGCGCCUUGUCCCGAUUUGGAUCCGCUUCAUGACGCGCUCAAAGUCAUGAGAGAGAAGGGGCUGGUAGACGAAAAGGGAAACCCAAUUCCCCAGAAGAAUAAAAAGGACGAGUAG